UGGGGAAGGGGUGGACGAUGCAGCGCAGGCCGGCGGCGCUCCGCUCCCCUCCAUCAUGGCAGCAGCGGCGGUGGCGGCGGGCGGAGCAACAGUCGCAGCCGCCGCGAGGGCCGGAGCUGCAGCGGCUGCAGCGGCUGCAGCAGUUGCAGCUGCAGUAGGGGAAAGGACCGGAGCUGCCGGAGCUGCAGGAGCUGCAGAGGAAAGGACCGGAGCUGCGGGAGCUGCAGAGGAAGGGACCGGAGCUGCGGGAGCUGCAGGAGCUGCAGAGGAAAGGACCGGAGCUGCAGCUGCAGGAGCUGCAGCUGGGGGUCCUUGAGCUCCCGGAGGGAACACCACCGGCAGCGGCACCAUGAGCGGCCCCGGUGGGGGCGGUGGGGGCAGCAGCAGCUCAGCCCCCAGCCGCUUCGCCGAUUACUUUGUCAUCUGCGGGCUGGACACCGACACCGGGCUGGAGCCGGACGAGCUGUCGGCUUUAUGCCAGUACAUACAGGCUUCUAAAGCCAGAGGUGGUGCCAGCCCUUUCAUUUCCAGUGCCGCAGAAGGGGAAAAUUUUGAGCAGACACCUCUGAGGCGAACGUUCAAGUCCAAGGUUCUCGCCCGUUAUCCUGACAACGUGGAGUGGAAUCCCUUUGACCAGGAUGCAGUGGGAAUGCUGUGCAUGCCCAAGGGGCUGGCAUUCAAGACCCAGGCGGACCCCAGGGACCCCCAGUUCCACUCUUUUAUCAUCACCCGGGAAGACGGCUCGCGGACGUUCGGCUUCUCCCUGACGUUUUACGAGGAGGUGACCAGCAAGCAGAUCUGCAGCGCCAUGCAGACGCUCUACCACAUGCACAAUGCCGAGUACGACGUGUUCCACGUGGCCCCAUCCGAUGGUGGGGAGGGCAGGGGGGACUCCGAGGACUGCGACGCCACCCCCGGGACCAAACUGCAGCGCUUCAACUCGUACGACAUCAGCCGGGACACGCUCUACGUAUCCAAGUGCAUCUGCCUCAUCGCCCCCAUGUCCUUCAUGAAGGCCUGCAGGCGGGUAUUGGAGCAGCUCCACCAGGCAGUCACCUCGCCCCAGCCUCCACCCCUCCCCCUCGAGAGCUACAUCUACAACAUCCUCUACGAGGUGCCCCUCCCUCCUCCCGGGCGGUCCCUGAAAUUCUCGGGGGUCUAUGGACCCAUCGUCUGCCAGAGGCCGAGCACCGGCGAGUUGCCCCUCUUCGACUUCCCCGUGAGGGAGGUUUUUGAGCUGCUCGGCGUGGAGAACGUACUCCAGCUCUUUACCUGCGCCCUCUUGGAGUUUCAGAUCCUGCUGUACUCACAGCAUUACCAGAGGCUGAUGACAGUGGCGGAGACGAUCACGGCCCUCAUGUUUCCCUUCCAGUGGCAGCACGUCUAUGUGCCAAUCCUCCCGGCCUCGCUUCUGCACUUCUUAGACGCUCCCGUCCCCUACCUGAUGGGCCUGCACUCCAAUGGCCUGGAUGACCGGUCCAAGCUGGAACUGCCUCAGGAGGCUAACCUGUGCUUUGUGGACAUAGACAACCACUUUAUUGAGCUGCCUGAAGACUUGCCUCAGUUUCCCAACAAACUGGAGUUUGUCCAGGAGGUCUCCGAGAUCCUCAUGGCAUUUGGUAUCCCCCCGGAAGGGAACCUGCACUGCAGCGAAAGUGCCUCCAAGCUGAAGAGCCUAAGGGCCUGUGACAUUGUGUCGGACAAGCGGAACGGGAACCUUGCCAGCUCUCCUCUGAAUUCCUAUGAACUUCUCAAGAAAAAUGAGACCAUCGCUCGGCUCCAAGCCCUGGUCAAAAGGACCGGGGUGAGCUUAGAAAAGCUUGACGUUCGGGAGGAGACCAGUAGCAAUAAGGAUCUCAAAGUCCAGUGCGACGAAGAGGAGCUGAAGAUUUACCAGCUGAACAUUCAAGUCCGGGAGGUCUUUGCAAACCGUUUCACUCAGAUGUUUGCCGACUAUGAGGUCUUUGUCAUCCAGCCCAGUCAAGAUAAGGAGUCCUGGUUCACCAACAGGGAGCAGAUGCAAAACUUUGAUAAAGCAUCUUUCUUAUCAGACCAGCCCGAGCCCUACCUGCCCUUCCUUUCCCGGUUCCUGGAGACGCAGAUGUUUGCCUCCUUUGUGGACAAUAAGAUCAUGUGCCACGAUGAUGAUGACAAAGACCCCGUGCUGCGGGUGUUUGAUGCGCGGGUGGACAAGAUCAGGUUGCUAAAUGUCAGGACCCCCACCCUGCGGACAUCUAUGUACCAGAAGUGCACCACUGUGGAUGAAGCAGAGAAGGCCAUUGAGAUGAGGCUGGCCAAGAUCGACCACACGGCUGUGCACCCCCACUUACUAGACAUGAAGAUUGGGCAGGGCAAGUACGAGCCGGGAUUCUUCCCCAAACUGCAGCCGGACGUGCUGUCCACCGGCCCGGCCAGCAAUAAGUGGACGAAGAGGAACGCACCCGCCCAGUGGAGGCGGAAGGAUCGGCAGAAGCAACACACGGAGCAUCUACGCCUGGACAACGAUCAGAGGGAGCGGUUGGACUUUUCCGCUCCCAAGCUUCAGAUGCAGUUUUAUUUAGCACGGAGCCAGCCCGGGUGGUCUUUCAGGUCCUCUCUAAAACCGAUGUCCGACCUUUACCUGAAAUACAUCCAGGAGGCCAGGAACCUUGGCAGCAACAUCCGCCAGCCCAAAUUAUCGAACCUCUCACCAUCCGUGAUUGCGCAGACCAACUGGAAGUUUGUUGAGGGUUUACUGAAAGAAUGCCGCAACAAGACCAAGAGGAUGCUGGUGGAGAAGAUGGGCCGGGAAGCCGUGGAGCUGGGCCACGGGGAGGUGAACAUCACUGGCGUAGAAGAGAACACUCUGAUCGCCAGCCUCUGUGAUCUGCUGGAGAGAAUUUGGAGCCACGGCCUGCAGAUCAAGCAGGGUAAAUCAGCCUUGUGGUCUCACUUGUUACAUUACCAGGAAAACAGGCAGAGGAGGCCAACGUCAGGAAGUUUAAGUACCUCAGGAAUCCUUCUCGAUUCAGAACGGAGGAAGUCUGAUGCCAGUCCAGCGAUGUCUCCUCUAAGGGUGUCUCUCAUUCAGGAUAUGAGGCACAUCCAGAACAUUGGAGAAAUCAAAACAGAUGUCGGGAAGGCCCGAGCCUGGGUCCGGCUGUCCAUGGAAAAGAAGUUGCUUUCCAGACACCUCAAACAGCUUCUUUCGGAUCAUGAACUGACCAAGAAGCUGUACAAGCGUUACGCCUUUCUGCGCUGUGACGAUGAGAAGGAGCAGUUCCUCUACCACCUGCUCUCCUUCAAUGCUGUCGAUUACUUCUGCUUCACCAACGUCUUCACCACCAUCAUGAUCCCGUACCACAUCCUGAUCGUCCCAAGCAAGAAGCUCGGUGGGUCCAUGUUCACUGCCAAUCCCUGGCUCUGCAUUUCGGGCGAGCUGGGCGAGACACAGAUCCUGCAGAUCCCCAGGAACGUCUUGGAGAUGACCUUCGAGUGGCAGAACCUGGGGAAGCUUACCACCGUCCAGAUCGGGCACGACAACUCAGGCCUCUAUGCCAAGUGGCUCGUGGAGUAUGUGAUGGUCAGAAACGAAAUCACGGGACACACGUACAAAUUCCCCUGUGGCCGGUGGCUGGGGAAGGGUACGGACGAUGGGAGUCUGGAGAGGGUCCUGGUCGGGGAGCUGCUCACAUCGCACCCUGAGGCAGAUGAGCGGCAGUCUCGGACCCCACCCCUGCAGCAGUCCCCCAGCAUGAUUAGGAGACUGGUCACCAUCUCCCCCAACAACAAGCCAAAGUUGAACACGGGGCAGAUUCAGGAGUCCAUUGGGGAAGCGGUCAAUGGCAUCGUGAAGCAUUUCCACAAGCCUGAGAAAGAGAGAGGCAGCCUGACCCUGCUGCUGUGUGGGGAGUGCGGGCUCGUGUCUGCCCUGGAACAAGUUUUUCAGCACGGUUUUAAAUCGCCCCGGCUCUUCAAGAACGUCUUCAUCUGGGACUUCCUGGAAAAAGCACAAACCUACUAUGAGACCCUGGACCAGAGUGAGAUGGUCCCUGAGGAGAACUGGCAGACACGGGCCCGGAACUUCUGCCGCUUCAUCACAGCAAUCAACAACACCCCACGGAACAUCGGCAAGGACGGAAAAUUCCAGACGCUGGUGUGCCUGGGUGCCAGAGACCACCUCCUCCACCACUGGAUCGCUUUGCUGGCGGACUGCCCCAUCACGGCACAGAUGUAUGAGGACGUGGCAUUGAUUAAGGACCACACCCUUGUCAAUUCCUUGAUCAGAGUGCUGCAGACCUUACAGGAAUUCAACAUCACUCUGGAGACGUCGCUCGUCAAAGGGAUUGAUAUCUGAGCGCCAGGAAGGGGAAGGAUCUUGGAAGGCAAGGAGGAGCACCCCGGGCGGGACCUAAGAGCUUCCAUCUGGGAAGAAGUGCCGCCCCCACCUCAGUCGGCUUCAGCUUGGCCGUAACAAGCAACUUUGACUUUUCUUCUUGAAAGGAACUCCACGCAGAGAGCAGGAAAUGGAUAGAAGAUGUAAACUCAAUGUACAAAACAGAGAGAGGAUUUUGGAAUAAAUAAUCUAUUUUAGAGUUUAUUUGCUGAUUUGCUUUUUACACACUUUCAUGUGAAAGAGAGAGGGAGAUGAGUAUUUUGCAGCUUAUUUUGAAGCUGCGAUAUUUCCUUGCCAUUAGAAAACAUGCAGUGAGCCGUCUAGUAUCCUCCAACCCUGUCCUCGGAUGUGCCGUGUGUGUGUGUGUUAUAGAUUGAGCGUCCAUACCCCAUUGCUGUUAAUAAGGUCAUUGGACAUAGUUUUUAAACUAAUAUUUUAUAUAUUAACAUUAUUACCGAUGUUUUGAGUUACCGCAUUAUGUCAUUGCUGUGCUGAAAGGGAAAACUGUAAACUCUGUUUUGUUCAUUUUGAAUCUCCUCAGAGCGUCGAUUGGUCAGUCAAUCACUUUUCUUUACUUCUGUUGUCAGUAUUAUUUUGGGAAGAGCCAAGGACCGAACCAUGCAGUUGUUCAGAGAUCAAAGUUGCAUUUUUCCUCUUGGUACGUAAUUGCACAGGAGAAAACUGUAAGCAUGUAUUUUAAUAGAUUUUUUUUUUGCAGGAGGGAGGUUUUUUUAAUUUAUUUAACCCUCCAAUGUGUUUCGUCAGUCUUUUUUUUCCUUUUUUUUGAAGAUAAAGGAAAUCCCUUUGGCAGUCUAACUGGCUAGAUUAUUGUUGUUACACUUCUGUUGUUUCGCAAUUUAGAAACCAGUUGCAGUACAGCCCACUUAAUAAAACGCCUGAAACUGAA